AUGAGGUCUGUCCAGCAGAAGCAAGACAGAAGCAGAAAAACCCACCACAUGCAUAACUCCUCUAUUUUUUUCAGCGCAGUACCAAAGAACUACCAGCAUGUCCUUUCCCUAGUCUUUGCUGUGAAUGAGGUCAACGAGAACCCCAACAUUUUAUCCAACAUCACUUUGGGGUUCCAGAUCUAUGACAGCUACUGUGAUGCAAAGAUGACUUAUCAGAAUACUUUGAACCUCAUCUCUCAUCAUAGGAAAACCAUCCCCAACUACAAGUGUGGUGUUGAUAAGAACCUGAUAGCUGCCAUUGGGGGCCUUGACUCUGAAACUUCAAGCCACAUGGCCUCCAUCUUGGAGCUUUAUAAGAUUCUACAGAUCACCUAUUCUUCAUUAACUCCAGCUGUGAGUAAAAAAGACCCUAUUUCUUCGUUGUACCAAAUGGCCCCCAGUGAAGAACAUCAAUACACCGGCAUUGUUCAGCUUCUUCUCUAUUUCCAGUGGAAGUGGGUUGGGAUAUUUGUCACAGCUGACGAUAAAGGAGAAACGUUUGUGAAAAAGUUGACAAGCCAGCUUUCCCAGAAUGGAAUCUGUAUAGCUGUCACUGAGAGAAUGGUAACCAACCGGGGUUUUGAUGAUACUGGGUUGAUAGAGAAAUGUCAGAAUAUGGCCGAGUCCCUAAGCAAAACAAAUGUCAAUGUAUUUGUUGUCAAUGCAGACAAAAACACGAAGACAGGUUUGCAAUGGCUGCUACUGAUAGGUAGAAUGAUGAGUAUGAGUCCCAUAAACAAAGUGUGGGUUAUGACCGCCGACUGGGAUUUCUCUUCAGAGCCAUACCACAAAGAUCUGGAUAUACAAAACUUCCAUGGUGCCUUAUCCUUUGCCAUUCAUUCCAGUGAGCUUCAACCUUUCCUGAGGAAUAUCUUGUUUAACAACAGUGCUGGGGACACUGUCUUUUUUAAUGAGAAACGUGAGCUAGAAGGUGGAUUUGAUAUUAUCAACUGGGUGACUUUCCCAAAUAAGUCCUUCUUAAGAGUGAAAGUUGGGAAACUGGAUCCUCAAGCUCCACUGGGCAGUGAUUUCUCCAUUGAUGAGAAGAUCAUUACAUGGCACCAGAGUUUUAACCAGGUGGUGCCCCUUGCCUUGUGUAAUGACCACUGCCAUCCAGGUUACAGCAGACAAAGGAAAGAGGGAGAACCAUUUUGCUGCUAUGAUUGUACUCCAUGUCCAGAAGGGAAUAUUUCAAACCAGACCGAUAUGGAUAACUGCUUCCAGUGCCAAGAAGAUCAGUAUCCUAACCAGGAGAGAAACCAUUGCAUCAGCAAGAAAGAAAACUUCCUAUCUUAUGAAUCACCUUUAGGCAUCAGUUUGGCUCUUUUGGCUCUGGCUUUUUCUGCAACUACAGCCUUGGUGUUUGGAAUCUUCAUCAAACAUCAAAACACUCCCAUUGUCAAAGCCAACAACCGGAAUCUCACCUACACCCUGCUCAUCUCCCUCCUGCUCUGCUUCCUCUGCUCCUUGCUAUUCAUUGGGCGCCCCCAGUUACUGACCUGCAAUCUACGACAAACUGCCUUUGGUAUCAUCUUCUCAGUGGCUGUUUCUUCUGUUUUGGCUAAAACCCUCACUGUGGUUCUGGCUUUCAUGGCCACCAAGCCAGGAUCCAAGAUGAGGAAAUGGGUGGGGACAAGAUUUUCCACCUCUAUUGUUCUUGGUUGUGCUUCUAUUCAGGCAAGUAUUUGUAUAGUAUGGCUCUGUACUGACCCUCCUUUUCCGGAUCUGGACAUGCACUCUCUGCCUGAAGAAGUCAUAGUGGAAUGCAAUGAAGGCUCAGCCAACAUGUUCUACUCUGUUCUUGGUUACAUGGGAUUGCUGGCUCUUGUCAGCUUUGUUGUGGCCUUCUUUGCUCGGAAGCUGCCAGACACUUUUAAUGAAGCCAAAUUUAUCACUUUCAGCAUGUUGGUGUUUUGCAGUGUGUGGCUUUCUUUUGUUCCAUCCUACUUAAGCACCAAAGGGAAGUACAUAGUGGCUGUGGAGAUCUUCUCCAUCUUGGCCUCCAGUGCUGGAAUCUUGGGUUGUAUCUUCUCCCCAAAAUGUUAUAUCAUUGUCUUCAAGCCUGAACUCAACUCGAAAGAGCAGCUAAAAAAGAGAAAUAAGUAA